CCGUUUUGUGUUUAACGUCGGACGAGUGAUGAUAUUCCGUAAUAUGAUUUAAUAAUGAAUUCGAGCUGUAUAAAAAAUGAGUUGGAAUGCCGUGAAUACCGUUUUCUGCAUUUUCUAUUCACUUGAAACGGAGGCCAGGAGAUAGACUCCGAAAGCAGUGGGAAAGUUAGGUUAGAAUUUUAGAAUAAUCGGGUUGACAUUUUCAAAUCCGUUUUCGUUUGCAUACCUAGGGACGAUAUGUCUUCGUCGACGUAUGUUUCUCGAGUUAAUCAGGUGGAUGCAGUACAGCUUGACCAUGAAAUUUACAAUGUCCUGAAGACUCAGUCUAAAGAGAUUACAAAGAUAUGUCUUCCUGGGAAGGUCGAGCAGUGGGAACCAGAAAUUAACGUACUUAUAAAAAUUGCUAUUUGGUACUUCUCCCUGCGAAAAGAUAGAUCGACCUUUGGCCAACAGCUCUUAAACCUGCGAUACACCGAUUUUACCCAGAGGAAAGCGAUCUUAUAUCUUGUAUUGUCAACCGUACCAAAGUAUCUACAAGAACGUUUGGCGGAUGCUCGACUCGUGACAACUUCGACGAGAGAGAGAAUCAAAUAUUGCAUAGAGUACGUGGCCAAUGUAAUCGAUGUAAUAGAACUUCUUAAUUUAUUAUUAUUUCUACAUCGUGGAACAAGACCUCGUACGAUCGAACACGUUUUGAGGAUAUCCAGCCAAUCCACUACUGCUCACAAACCGAGGAAUAUAGGAUACACGUACAUGACUCGUGAGCUGUUGUGGCACGGUUUGAUGGAAUUGUUCUCCAUCUCCUUACCGAUGAUUAAUUUCCCUCGCAUUAUGCAAGCGUUGUACAGAUUUUGGGCCAAACGGAAAGGGAUCGCUAAUCAGAAUGUACAUCCAAGAAUGAAUCUUGCCACAAAGUGUCCGCAAUGCAACGAAACUCCCAUUUUGCCAUGCCACGCAGGUUGUGAACAUAUUUUCUGCUACUACUGCCUGAACGCAUUCUUCACGGCGACCGAAAGAUUUCUUUGUCCUGGGUGCGACGUCGAGUUACAUGCAGCAAACAUGACGGUUUAUAUUCACAAUUAGACCCUUCUGUCUGCAUCAUAAAAUGUGAGUCCUGAGAAGAAACUGCGAAGCUCGACAGCCGAAAUGAACUUACAAACAUUCGAUGACGAACAGCAAUGGACGAUUCCUCCGUUCUCUUCCUCGAUCAACAGUUUUUUUAAGGAAAGGGAAAUUCUGUCCGAUGGUGUAGACUUAGUAUUUUUUUUUAUUAAAAAAUAGCAAUACAAAAUUA